GUUAAAAUGGCACAGAAUAAUAACCUGACACCCGUUGACGUAUUACAAAUUUUGAUUAUACCAGUUUGUAAUCAAAUGAAUGUUAAUGAGGAAGAUAUUAGAAGAAUCGCCGUUCUUACUUUAAGAAACCUUACUCCUCUGAGACGCGAAUUCCUUACUAAUUUGACCGACAGAAUAAAUUCUCAUAGUGUAGAAUUGCAAAGACUAAGCAAUGAUAGUCUGGAAAAUGCAAUUUAUUACGGGUGCGAAUUUUCCAACUUAAUUGAAUGGAUAAAUUCUUUUGUUACUAACGAAUUACAAAGACAACCAAAUCCGGAAAAUGAAAUUUAUCUAGGAUAUAACCUUUUUCCUUGA